UGAGAUUCUUCCCUUUUUUUUUAUUCUGAUCCCUUUUGUUUUUCAUUACUUUAUCACUUAUUUAUCUUAGCAUUUACUUAUUCAUAACUAUACAUUAAUCAUGGUCGCUGUUCAAAGAAUCCGCUCUCUUGCCAACUUCAAGACUGCCACUCGUCAUUGGGUUCCAAUUACUAGAACCGCCUAUUCUAGAGCCCACUUUUCAUCAAGAAGAAUAUCUAGCAAUAACGAUGCUCAAUUAGUCUCUAAUGAUGACGCUUUCCCUGUUAUCAAGUCCGGCGUGUCUACUAAGAAGGAAAGUCAAAUCAAUAACAACAAUAACAGCAAUAACGAAACCGAACACUACUUUGAACCUGUUAUUUACUCGUCAGAGGAAGUGUUAACUGCCAGUGCAGCAAAGAAAUACUAGAUGUAUUGAAAACCCUGUAUAUGUGUCAUUUAUUUUUAGUUUUUUAGUUCUUCGGAGGUUGAUACCCCAUACUUUGUUUUUUGGAUAUAUAUUUAGUUUCAUGAUAAUGCAUAAAAAAAUCGUUUAAAAUAAACUAUAAGACCAUUGUAGAGAAAGAAAUGAUCUGAUUUUUUGUCACGGGACUUUUUUUUUUAUUUUUUUUUUUAUUUUUUUUUAUCUCGAUCCAAUCAGCUUAUCUGCCGGAAAAUACGUCACCAGUGGUGCACAAACAAAAUGUCCGAGAUUUUAACACAAAACUUAAAGGUGGCUGUACUUUGUAUGAUCAUAAUAGAGGCAAAGAAACUCAUUUAAUGACGUAUGGUUAUGACUAUUUUACAAAACUCUCUAUACUAAUUUUCGGAAUAUACGGAUGGUUUUCUAUGCUGCAUAACGGGCAUAUUCUUCCGAACUUUAGUCAAACUAUCAAUGUCUAAUUCCGCAUAGAUAAUAUCAUAGUAGUCACCUUCCUCAUCUUUUAUUAAUUCAUCAGUAUAUUUUUUUGCUCUUGAAAGUACUUUCCCCCAAGGAUCAAUAAUAAUUGAUUCACCAUAGCUGAUUCGUUUCACAUCGCUAUCUUGCAGUUCUCCAUCAGCAUUGACAUCAUGAGUACCACAUUGAGCUGCAUUGAUCACAAAACAUUGGGUAUCUACAGCCCUUCCUCUGGAAAGCAACUCCCAAUGAUCUGUGCCUGUUCUUGUCGUAAAUGCACUUGGAUAAGUAAGCACGUGCGCCCCUGAUUCUCUCAAGGAUAAUGCAAAUUCCGGAAAUCGUAUAUCGUAGCAGAUUCCAAGUCCAAUAUUGAAUCCAUCGAUAUCAAUUGGCUUUGCGAUUUCAUUCCCUGGCUCAACUGAUUUCAGUUCCUUUAAUAUGGGGCCAUUGGGUACAUCAACAUCAAAGAGGUGAACCUUUUGAUAACUAGAGAUGAUCUCACCAUACGGAUUGAUUAAUAAAUGCAUGUUUCGCACCCGUUCUUGUCCAGGCAAGUGAACCCCAAUAGAAACAUAAGUCUUUCCAUUUGAUUCUUUAAUUUGCUCUAGCAAUGGAGUUAGAAAUUGAGAUUGAACAUUAUGACUAAGUUGUUUAGAAUGGGUGGCAUUACGCAGAAGGUAAUCGGUAGCUUCUGGAAGGAAAAGGAUUCGUGAAUUAUGAGCUUGUGCAAGUUUAAGAAGUUUAACUACAGUGCGAAGAUUGUGGCUGAGAUUGGAUGAUGAGCAUAAUUGGCCAACUGCUACUUUGAUUGUCAUAGUAUGUAUGUAGGUGAUAGUGAACGAAGCAAAUACAAUUUUGUUUUUUUCUUCGAAAAUAAAUUUCUAAACACCCAUUGUGCAGGAAUUGAUAUUUCUCCAACGCCACAUUUUCACAAUUGUUCUAUAUUGAUUUAAGCAAGCUGACUUGGCUUGCGAGUGUGCGUAUGGAUCUAAUAAAGACAACAGGAAGUUCCUGGAUGUAUUUACUUAGUUUUAAGCACUUGCUUGUACUUUGAAAUGUAAUUCCAUUAGCUCAUACUUUCUAAAAGGAAUCACGUACAGAAGCAUCAAUGAGAUAAUUAUUGAUAUUCAUAACUGUACCUUAUUUAGCCAACCCAUGGAUUGUUCAAGCUUCCUUAUACAAUUAGAAUACAUUAAAAAAACAGCCAUAAUACUAAGUCAAAAUUAGUACCUACAGUUCUUCUGAAAACUUAUAAUUUCUCUGCAAUUGAAACAUUGUGUUGGUUGUUAAUUGUACUAAAAUGAUAAUUCAUGCACGUUCGAAAGGUAAACGAGAGUUAGGGCUAUACUGCAUCAAGAUUUCAGUGAGCAGAAAUAAGAUUCUGCUCAGUAUGCUGCUAGGCAUGAAAUUUUGAAAAACUUUAAAUUAUCUCGGCUAUCUCCAUAUAAUGCGAAAAGCCACCGGGAGGAAUUAUGGGGAAAAAUUUUCAACCAGUACACAAAAUUGAUUUUUAACCACUAAAAUAAAAUGCUCAGAAUAUACUGUAAAAAUAAAGAAAGAUUGAAUUUAAAACAUAAAAGAAUUAUAUAUUAUGACAACGUAAAUAAAAAUAUAAAAGUAAAAAGAAAAGAAAAAGAUUUUAUUACAUUAGAAAACUAUGUAUAUUUAGAUAAAAAUGAAAAGACAAUGUAUUCGACAAGGUACCCAACAAAAUCAAUAAAAAUAGAAAAUGAAAAUGAUAUAUUUUUAGCAUUAUAUUAUCCUACUGAUGUUAUAUAUAGAAAUUUGGCAGUAAAUUAUUAUAAUGAAGAAGACAGAAUAUAUGCAGAAGAACACAAUGAAUGCGUAAAUCAAAGAUUUUUGGCACUAAAAACAACCGAAGAGAUAAUAGAUCCAUGCGAUUCUAUGUAUUUAACUUAUAUAAAAGAUAAGGAUGAUAGAUAUAAAUUAGAUAAGGUAUUUUACGUGGUAUCAAAUAAAACUAUAUAUUUAGGUACCAAUGUAUCACUAACAAAAGAUAAUUUUAUAAAAGUAGAUAAAAUAAAAGAUAGAGAAAGAAAUCUUCUUGAAUUGUUUUUAAUUAAAUUUAAAUGCGAUAUUAAAAAAGUAGAACAACAAUCAGUAUAUUCAUUAUAUGUAAAUGAUUUUGAUAUACUAGAAGAAGUAAUUCUGCAACAACUCAAGUAAGAAUUGGACAAGCAGCAAUUAAAUAUGGAUUUAAAGGUAUAUUUUUAAAAUUAAAAUUUAGAACAGAUGCUUCUUUGUUUAAUAUGUGCAAUACAUACGAAACAAAGAUAUUUCAUAAUAUUAUGAUGGAAGACAUUUAUAAAGGAGUAAAAGUAACUGAUUUUUUGAAUUGUGGUGGAAUUACUUAUGAAAAUGAUGAAAUGGAUAGUUUAGUAGAGAAAAUAGAAGGUUUUAUGAUAUAAAUUAUGAGAGCUUAAAAGAGGGUGUUUUUAUUUUUGAAUUAUAUAAUAAAAUAAACCUUUAAAUAUAAAAUAUAAUAUAUUCUUAUGGUUAUACUU